AUGCGGUUCCCUCCUUUGCAUAUUAAUGAAACCUGGGAUGACUGGAGGAUGGGUAUCCUUGAAAUUGGAAUGGCGUGGCACCUCAUCGCCCCGGAAAAACGGCUGAAUCCAUUUGAUGAAAAGGCCACCAGUAGAAUGUUGCACAUAAAUGUGAGCGCCCUAUCCAUGAGCAAGGUGUCCUGGGUCACAGUCUUCGAGAAGAUGUGGGGAGAAACCCUCUGCGCUCUUGUCCCGGAAUCUCUGUGGGUUAUGGUAGAGAUUGAGAAGGAAGAUGAGCGCUUUUCCCAGUUCCUCAGUCUGCAUCACAUGGCUAAAGUCAAGUUCAUAUGCUCGGCAAUUUCCAAAGUGGAAGACUACAUUUGGUGUGGCAAGACUUCAGGAGGGUUCCAGGUGUACUUCUGUGCUGUGUGUCCAUACAACACACACUACAAGUUCAGUGCGAGAAACCACAAGCGUACAGUGUCCUACAUCCAGAGCUUUGUGUGGUGCGGAUGGUCAAGUUUCAACCACAAAGUGUACUUCUGCUCCGUUUGCCCAUAUGUAUCAGCUUUGAGGCAAGGUGCAACCAGACAUAGUCACAAGCAUACCAAAGAGAAGCCUUUCCAGUGCCCCCUCUGCCCCAAGACCUUCUCAUACAAGUUCAACAUCAAGCCACAUAUUGCUGCAGUCCAUUCUACGGUGGAGUACCUCCAAGAUGGAAUCUGGAAGAGCAACUGCACAUCCUCGGCCCUGAAUAUCUUCUUUUGUGGCUACUGUGACUACAAGACGAACCGGCGCUAUAACGCCAUCUACCAACAUGCCCGAACCCACUCCUCUCACAAACCGUUCGCCUGCCACAUGUGUCCAGCCGCUUUCAAGUGGAAGCAGAGCCUUAUGGGACACCUUGGGACUGUUCAUGGAAUCCUGUAA